AUGAGGCAGGACAAACUGACCGGCUCGUUGAGGCGCGGGGGAAGAUGCCUGAAACGCCAGGGCGGCGGCGGCGGCGGCGGCGGUGGCGGCGGCGGCGUGGGCACCAUCCUGAGCAAUGUGCUCAAGAAACGGAGCUGCAUUUCCCGCACCGCGCCCCGGCUGCUGUGCACCCUGGAGCCGGGAGUUGAUACAAAAUUGAAGUUCACACUUGAGCCAUCCUUAGGUCAAAAUGGAUUUCAGCAGUGGUAUGAUGCUCUCAAGGCAGUUGCCAGACUAUCAACAGGGAUACCAAAGGAAUGGAGGCGGAAGGUAAGUCAGUACUGGCCAGGUACUGGUCUAAGCAUGAGGAAUGCAGCAGAGGAUCUCCACCGUACGGGCUGUAGCUCCUACUGUGGCCAAGAGGCUGAGCAAGACAGAGUGGUUUUGAAGCGGGUGCUGCUGGCCUAUGCCCGAUGGAACAAGAAUGUUGGGUACUGUCAAGGAUUCAACAUCCUGGCUGCACUCAUUUUGGAAGUGAUGGAAGGCAAUGAAGGAGAUGCAUUGAAAAUUAUGAUUUACCUGAUUGAUAAGGUCCUUCCUGAAAGCUAUUUUGUUAAUAAUCUCCGGGCGUUGUCUGUGGAUAUGGCUGUCUUCAGGGACCUCUUGAAAUUGAAACUCCCGGAAUUAUCUCAGCACCUGGAUACUCUGCAGAGAACUGCAAACAAAGACAGUGCGGGCGGAUAUGAGCCCCCUCUUACGAACGUCUUCACCAUGCAGUGGUUUCUCACCCUCUUUGCCACGUGCCUCCCUAACCACACCGUUUUAAAGAUCUGGGAUUCAAUCUUCUUUGAAGGUUCGGAAAUCAUCCUAAGGGUAUCACUGGCUAUAUGGGCAAAAUUGGCAGAGCAGAUAGAAUGUUGUGGAACAGCAGAUGAGUUCUACAGCACCAUGGGACGCCUCACCCAGGAGAUGCUGGAGAAUGACCUUCUGCAAAGCCACGAACUCAUGCAGACUGUUUAUUCCAUGGCUCCCUUUCCUUUCCCACAACUGGCGGAGUUAAGGGAAAAGUAUACCUACAACAUCACACCUUUCCCAGCCACAGUUAAACCUGCCUCCUUUCCUGGACGACAUGGCAAGAGCAGAGACAGUGAUGAGGAGAAUGAUCUUGAUGAUGAAGAUGCCAUUGCGAAUGCUGUGGGGUGUCUUGGGCCUUUCAGUGGGAUCCUGGCACCAGAAUUGCAGAAGUAUCAAAAGCAGAUUAAAGAGCCAAAUGAGGAACAGAACUUGAGAUCUAACAACAUUGCAGAAUUGAGUCCAGGGGCAAUCAAUUCCUGCCGCAGUGAUUACCAUGCUGCAUUCAACAGUAUGAUGAUGGAACGUAUGACCACAGAUAUCAAUGCCCUGAAGCAGCAGUACUCUCGAAUUAAAAAGAAGCAACAGCAGCAGGUCCAUCAGGUGUACAUCAGGGCAGACAAAGGGCCAGUGACCAGCAUUCUUCCAUCUCAGGUAAACAGUUCUCCAGUUAUAAACCACCUUCUUUUAGGGAAGAAGAUGAAAAUGACAAAUAGAGCUGCCAAGAAUGCCGUCAUCCAUAUCCCUGGCCAUGCAGGAGGUAAACUAUCUCCUGUCCCUUACGAAGACCUUAAAACAAAGCUCAACUCUCCCUGGCGGACUCACAUUCGAGUCCACAAAAAGAACAUGCCUAGGACCAAGAGUCACCUGGGCUGUGGGGACACCAUAGGGCUGAUAGAAGAGCAAAAUGAGGGCUGUAAGACUAACACCCUGGGGGCAGUGGAAGAGUUUUCCACCAGUUGUACAACCACAACUCUCAGAAAAGACAGCAGCUCUGCUGGAGGCACCCUGCGGACAAUUGAAGGGCAUUCUCCAGAGCCAGCAUUUAGGGAUGGUGAGGUGGAUGUGGCUGCUGUUCAGGUGAAGCUAGAAGCCUUGGAACUGAACCCAGACAACACUGCUGAAACUGAGCCCAAGGUGAGACAAGGCCCAGAGCCACCUGAUACCACACCUGGAGAGCACAAAGCCACCAGCAAACUGCCCCAAGGCAGCCACGCCAAAACCCCCAUCUUUAGUCCUUUUCCGAGUGUCAAGCCUCUGCGGAAAUCAGCCACUGCCCGGAAUUUGGGGUUAUAUGGUCCUACAGAAAGAACCCCAACUGUGCAUUUCCCUCAGAUGAGUAGGAGCUUCAGCAAAUCCAGUCGCGGAAACAGUAGCACUAAGAAACGGUGAUGUCUCCCAGUGACUGGCAUCUAGACUCCUCUUGGCAUGGUGGUAUUCAUGUCCCAGCGGUGUCCUUCCACUCUUGCCCAUCCAGUGACGACCAAUAGAAUUUUAGCCGUGAGCUUCAGCAGCCCAUCAAAAUGGGAACUGAAGUUCCGCGUUGGGAGCUGGAGUCAGGAAGCUCCCUUCUACCCUGGGUCACAGAUAAAGCGGAUUCUUGUGGCAAAGUAAAUCUUGUGGUUUUCAAGUGUGACGUUUUCCCCAGCUUUCCUUGUGAACUGUUUAGAAAAGACUAUUUUUGUGGCAGUAUCCCCAAACCUUCCAGUUCUCUGGAUGUUACUAAUACUCAAGCAUGCACACACCAGCUUUUCAGAACAGAAACUGUAAAGAAAA